CUUAGAAUCAGCUUUUAAGCAGCUUUUAAGCUCUUCAGCUUAAGCUAUUAAGCUGUGAUUUCCUUAUAAGCCGGUCAGUUCAGCAAGUUGCUCAGCUGAUAGCUGACUGAUUGACUUUUUGGCCACUCUGCUGUCAGAGUAUCUUUGUUGAUUUUAAACGCGAAUAGCUUCUUCAGCAUCUGAUUCUAAAGCAUAUCACCGAUAAUCCAGUGUUCGGGAAGAAGCAGCGAACUCCCGAGCUAGGAGCAACACACAGCUGUGCCUCGGUGCUGGUCGGCAUGUAUGUCCAGAGAGAUUGCUGGCGAGCUAUGUGAUUAAAUUGAGGAUUGCUUCGAUAAUAUGUAAAAAGAGAGAAAAUUUGAAAGAUAGGCGAAAACGGCCAGACAAUAUAAGGUGUCAUCAUGGCAAUGGACAAGAGCCUGGAGCACUUGUUUCGUUCCAUAAGAGGAGAGUCUGGUCUUGAGGUCUGAGCAUGAAUCUGGAAAACCAUCGACCAUUUUGCUCCAAAUUCAACACAGGAAAUAGGACUUCGAAUGAAACACAUUGUACCUCUACUGUUCCAAAUCUUCGUGUGACGGAUCUGGCGGGUUUCCAUGAAAUGACGAGUCCACCAACAAAAUACGGUGUCUACUAUGUGAAGCAAUCCAAUCAAUACUGUGGCGUGCAUCCAUAUGUUCUGAUAUCUAUUUUCCAUAGCCGCUGCAGGCUCCGUUUCUGUCUCGCUGAGAAACAACGUCAACAUGGAUAAUACACACACUUACAAAGUUUUGGACUCCAGACUGUCCAUUCGAGUCCUCAUUCUUGAGCCCGGCUCACGUGAAGAUCAGAUCCGCUGCCGUCUCCGCCAUGUAAAGCUCGCUGACAAUCCCCAAUACGAGGCUUUGUCCUAUGUCUGGGGAGACGCCAAUCAGACGAAAGAGCUAUAUCUCGAGGCAAGGCCCAUACAGGUUACGAAAAGUAGGCAUUGUCUCCCAGCAUUACCUACUGUCAUAUUUCAUUUCAAGCAAACAUGAGCUUACCCACUUCCAAGGCCUUCAUGGCGCACUUCGACACCUUCGACAAGAAUCCACAGAGCGGGUUAUCUGGGCAGACGCUAUUUGCAUCAACCAACAAGACAAUGAUGAAAAAUCUCACCAAGUAGCCCUCAUGGGAGAAAUCUACUCCAGCUGCAGUCAAGUCCUUGUCUGGAUUGGCGAGGACAUUGAUGGGCUAAGCGAUAGCUUCAAAACUGUUCAACAACUGCACGAAAUCUUCCUGAAAACAGAAGACGGCUACCCGUACGAGGAACUGUCCUUCGAAGGAACCUUCUCACCAGGAUCAUUGACGUUCUCAAACUUGCUGCGUACCCAGGAUUUAUGGAAAGAGAAAUUCCUCCGCUUGAUCCGCCAGCCGUGGUUUCUUCGCCGCUGGGUCAUCCAAGAGAUCGCUAAAGCGCCGUCUGCGAAUGUGAUCUGUGGAUUUGAAACAAUCUCAUGGAGCGUGUUGGCAGAUGUUUACUGGUGCAUCUAUAAGAGCGGUGUUUUCAGCUACGUUUUAGAUCCGAUUGAAGCGAGGACUGGUUUCCAUACCGGUAUGGUGAUCAUGGGUCUUGUACGAAGAGACUCUAGGCGGAAAGAACAUGCACCGCUUCUUGAAUCUGUGGUUUCUACUAGGUACUUCAAAUGUACGGAUUCCCGUGAUGUGGUGUACUCGCUGCUUGGGCUGGGGGGUGAUGUUGAUCAAUAUGGUAAUUCGCUGAUCCCAGACUAUUCACUUUCUGUCGAAGAGGUCUUCAGAAAAUUCGUCACUGGGUGUAUAUUGGAGAAAGGGAGUCUCUAUCCACUCAGCGUGCCGUCCACUCCUCCACGAUCUGGAGCGAUGGUUCUCCCGAGCUGGGUACCGGAUUUUACUUGUCUUGAGGCAACAAAUCCUUUGAUACGAAUGAGAAUGGGUAAUGGAUUACCUUUUCAUGCAGGAGGCGACUCGAACCCCAAAGUUUGUGUAUCCGACGAUGGAAAUCUCCUGUUUGCACGAGGCAAAAUCAUCGAUCUUGUGAGAGACACGACACCACCGCUUGAUAACGUGUAUUGUACGGAUACCGAAGCCGAAGGGCUUUCUGAAGCUGAAGUUGCAGUUUACAGUGUCAAGAAAUGGCUCUCUUUCCGCAGAGACUUGAUAUCAUACGACAAGCUUGAUCAAGACGAGCACGACGGGCGAUUCGACGCAUUUUGGCGAACCAUGAUCUUCAACCUCACAGCUAGCGCGGAUCGACCACCUCCUGAAUAUGCGGAGUACUUCAAAGCCUAUAUGGAUCACUUUUUCCGAUCCGAGACUAUUGUGCCUGAGACACAAGAGCCGCUUCGAAGUCAAUUGCUGCAGAUUGAGACGGCUGUUAAUUCUCGUGCUGAAGGUUGGAGAAUGUUUACUACAGAAAAUUCUCGCAUGGGUCAGGGAUUGAGAUCAACACAAAAUGGGGAUACCAUAUGUGUUCUGGAUGGUGGAGAGCUACCAUACAUAAUUAGGGAAGUGGGGAGUGGACAGUACCGUUUUAUUGGGUCAUGCUAUGUUCAUGGGUUGAUGGAGGGUGAAGCUUACAGAAAUGAUGCCUUGGAAUCGCAGGAGCUUUGCUUUUGUUGAAGUGUGGCAUGCGAGACUUGUCGCUCAUACUUGGCCCAAUUUAGGCACUUGAUUGGGACAAGUUUCUUUGUUAUAUAUUUAUGCCUGUUUCUAUUCUGGUGGCGUUAAACAAGGACUUUCACAGGAGGUCAACAAGGAUUUGCACAACUGUUGUGACGUUGUCUCUCAAAGACAGCCUGCAAAAAUAUCUAACAUAUGGUCAGCCGCUUGCGUGAGAAUCUGUCGAUUAGUAUUAUGUAUCAAAUGCUCUAUCUCCGCCUGGAAUUCCCGAAAUUUCCACUGCAAACCUGGAUUCAGGAUGUGCAAGCUACGAAGAUUCAAACACGACAUCUGCAAUCACACUGACGCUCCAUUCAUCUAUGAGCGAUGUGCCACAAAGGAACCUCCAGGACAUGAGAAAGGUGUCCAUUGUCCUCACAGGACCGACCUCUUUCCUUUGUUGUUCCACGACCGCUGUGAUGCAUGUGCAGAACAUUAUGGCAAGAACUCCGCAGCGGAGCAGUCUCUCCGGGUUAUCUUGGGGGAGGGGGGGGGGGGAAUGCUACAAAGCACUACGAGUCACGUAAACGGAGAAACCGUCUUUUUAUAUCAUAGGGGCUGCUUUUGCUUGGAUUAGUGUCGGUUCUAGAAAAACUACCUCUUCGCCCUUCGGACGAGACCAGGCUCCCUUUACUCUAGCGCAAUUACCAUAUUAUUCAUGGCCCAGUCCAAAAAAUAUAUAGAACAUGCGAGAAAUUUUGAUGCCA